UGUUUUGUUUUUGUGGCCAAAGUUUUUAGCGAGGUAAUGUCUGUGAUUUCCACCUUCUCUUCAUAUAGAUGUUAAAAUGAUGAAACUCUCUCUCCCUCUGGAAUUCAUUGCAGUCAUGACAUCUCCUCUGGUCCUGUAUAGAAUGUACCUUGCAGCCUGUUGCUGAACUGUUAUGACAUGUCUCUAGCAAUCAGAAAGAGAAGCUGGGAAGAACAUGUGACCCAGUGGAUGGGCUUGCCUUUUAAUUCUGUUGAGUAUAAUACAGCAUGUCAUCAUGGACUUGUAGCUGAUAACUUUCAAGAAAGUAUGGAAAAAGAUGAAGUUUUGAAUGUGGACCGGAAAGAAAAAUGUGCUUCUUUACCAGACUGCUGUCAUGGUGGAGAACUGAUUGGCUUCCCUGCAAAGCUGCUUAGCAACAUUUCAAAAGAGGUGGAUGAAAAUGAUAACCAUGAGGAUGAGGAGCAUUUUCUUUCUUUGGAGGCCAGCACAGAAACUUUGGUCCAUAUUUCUGAUGGUGAUGAUGACGAUGUUUCAAACCUCUGUUUGGAUAAAGUUAACCACCAGUUCACUAUUGGAAGGAAACUAACAGAUGAAGAGCAGAGUUUAGGAGGAGCAGGCUCCUUAACAAAUAUGGUAGCAAUGAUUAAAACAAACAGGGAAUCUAACAUUUCUGAAACAAUAGGAGAUAUUGAUGAACUUGACUAUGACACAGUCCCCAACGAAGAGAAGGAAGAAGAGGACAUUUGUGGCAGUAUUGGGAAAACCCUGGAGCUUUGUAAUUAUAAAGGCUUAAAUGAAGUAAUAGAUGCCCCAAGAGAAAAUCUCUCCAGUUCUCUAAAUGUGAAGGAAAUUAUGCCUGAGAAACAGCUGCUUCAUACUGCUGUAAUUGCACAACAGCGUAGGAAAUGUGAUGCUCCUAAAGAUAGGCAUGAAAAGGCUGACUAUAACGUGGUCCAGGGUGAGUUUUCUCCUGGUCUGUAUACUGGCAGUGGUAGACAACCAUUCUCAAAAGCAGACUCCAGCAACUACCUUAUGCAAUCUCCUCUCAGUUCCCAUAUAAUGUCAAUGGAAAAUGGACUGGAUGAAAGUGGUUACACAGAACCUCAAGUGGUUCCUGAAAAAAAAUGCCUUACAAAUAUCAGUCCAGUGGAAGGCACGCAAUAUUUACAUUUGAAGGAUAAUCUGUCCACCCAUGAAUCUACAGACAAUCAAGUGAAACUGCGCAAAAGAAAGGAAAUGAGAGAAGAUCGAGAUCGGUCACGAUUGGACUCCAUGGUGCUGCUAAUUAUGAAACUGGACCAGCUCGAUCAGGAUAUUGAAAAUGCUCUCAGUACAGGCUCUUCACCAUCCAGCACCCCAACGUACAAACGGAGGCAUAUACCUGAUUUGGAAUCUGGCUCUGCAAGUGGAGCAGACGUUGUUUCAAUAAGUCACUCCCAAACACACUUGCCUCCUGAUAUCCAUGCUGCUGACCUAACAUCUCCAUGUCCAAUGGCUGGCUCUGGAGCUAAACCCAAGGCUGGGGCUAUGCCAGUUAUUUCAGAAAAGGAGAAGGCUGAAAUUGAGGCCAAGGAAGCGUGUGAUUGGCUACGAGCAGCAGGGUUUCCACAGUAUGCUCAGCUUUACGAAGAUCUCCUAUUUCCCAUUGACAUCACUUUAGUCAAGCGAGAGCAUGACUUUCUGGACAGAGAUGCCAUUGAGGCCUUAUGCAGGCGCUUAAAUACUUUAAACAAAUGUGCAGUGAUGAAGCUAGAAAUUAGUCCACAUCGGAAAAGGAGUGAAGAUUCCGAUGAAGAUGAGCCUUGUGCAAUAAGUGGUAAAUGGACUUUUCAAAGGGACAGCAAGAGGUGGUCCAGGCUUGAAGAGUUUGACGUCUUCCCUCCAAAACAGGAUUUGAAUCCCUCAUCCCCAGAAGCGCCUCUCCUGACGAAUGCAGCUAGCCAUGAAAGCGUACUGACAGACCUCAGCGAGCGUCAGGAGGUAGCUUCCAUUCACAGCACCAGCAGCACCAGUAGCCACCAAGUCACCCUCCAGAGCGAGGCAACUACCACCAGAACAAACUCAGUCGUUAGCGUUUGCUCAUCAGGAAACUUCAUAACGAACGAUGACUCCUUCGGUAGCCUGCCCUCGCCUAAGGAGCUGUCUAGCUUCAGCUUCAACAUGAAAGCCAAUGAAAAGAAUGCCAGGUCUAAAACGAAGAGCCUGUUAAAGAGGAUGGAGAGCCUGAAAAUCAAGAGCUCUCACCAUGGCAAAAAUAAAGCCCCUUCCAAGCUGGGUCUUAUUAUCAGUGGGCCCAUCCUAAAAGAAGGCCUGGAUGAGGACAAGCUAAAACAGUUUAACUGCGUGGAAAUUUCUACCCUCAAUGGCAAUCAUAUUAAUGUCCCUAUGGUACGAAAAAGGAGCGUCUCCAAUUCCACCCAGACCAGCAGUAGUGGCAGUCAGUCUGAGACAAGCAGCGCUGUCAGCACACCCAGCCCCGUCACAAGAACACGCAGCCUCAGUGCGUAUAAUAAAAGGGUGGGAAUGUACCUCGAAGGCUUCGACCCCUUCAACCAAUCAACCUUCAGUGAUGUCAUGGAGCAGAACUUUAAGAACAGGGGAAGUUUUGCAGAAGACACUGUAUUUUUUAUCCCUGAAGACCACAAGCCAGGUACCUUUCCCAAAGCGCUCUCCAAUGGUAACUUCUCCCCAUCAGAGAGCAACUCUUCGGUGAACUGGAGAACUGGGAGCUUUCAUGGACAUGGCCAUCUCUCCCUCAGGAGGGAGAACAGUGCAGAAAGCUCCAAGGAACUGAGCACUGGGAAAAGGCGCAACUCCUCUAGCUCAGUGGGCAGCCGCCUUAGCAUUUAUGACAAUGUACCAGGCUCAAUUCUGUAUUCCAGUACAGGUGACCUGGCGGACCUCGAGAAUGAAGACAUCUUUCCAGAGCUGGAUGAUAUCCUGUACCACGUAAAAGGGAUGCAGAAAAUAGUGAACCAGUGGUCAGAGAAGUUUUCAGAUGAAGGGGACUCUGAUUCAGCACUAGAUUCAGUUUCCCCAUGCCCUUCCUCUCCAAAGCAGAUUCACCUUGAUGUAAAUAAUGAUCGAACAACCCCCAGUGACCUUGACAGUACAGGAAAUUCCUUGACUGAGACUGAAGAGCCCUCAGGAAUGCAGGACAGAAGGGACUCUGGGGUGGGUGCAUCACUGACACGGUCCAACAGGCACAGACUGAGAUGGCACAGCUUUCAGAGCUCCCACGGGCCCAGUUUGAGCUCUGUGUCAUUACAGAUUAAUAGCCAGUCUGUGGCACAGAUGAACCUACUGCAGAAAUACUCUCUUUUGAAGUUAACUGCCCUCCUGGAGAAAUACACACCUUCCAAUAAGCAUGGCUUCAGCUGGGCUGUACCAAAGUUUAUGAAAAGGAUUAAGGUCCCAGAUUAUAAAGACCGGAAUGUGUUUGGAGUUCCCCUGCCAAUUAAUGUCCAGCGUACAGGGCAGCCUCUUCCACAGAGCAUUCAGCAAGCCAUGCGGUACCUCCGCAACCACUGUUUGGAUCAGGUUGGACUGUUCAGGAAAUCUGGAGUCAAGUCAAGAAUCCAGGCUUUGCGCCAAAUGAAUGAGAGCUCAACAGACAGCGUUAACUAUGAAGGCCAGUCUGCUUACGAUGUGGCAGACAUGCUAAAGCAGUACUUUCGUGAUCUACCUGAGCCGCUCAUGACCAACAAACUCUCUGAGACAUUCUUACAGAUCUACCAAUAUGUGCCAAAGGAUCAGCGGCUCCAGGCUAUCAAGGCUGCUGUUAUGCUUCUACCCGAUGAGAACAGGGAGGUCCUACAGAUUCUUCUUUAUUUCCUGAGUGAUGUCACCGCUGCAGUGAAGGAAAACCAGAUGACACCAACAAACCUUGCUGUGUGUUUAGCACCUUCCCUCUUCCACUUAAAUACUCUCAAGAGAGAGAAUUCUUCUCCAAGGGUGAUGCAGAGAAAACAGAGUUUGGGCAAACCUGAUCAGAAAGAUUUAAAUGAAAACAUGGCUGCAACUCAAGGCCUCGCCCAUAUGAUUGCUGAGUGCAAGAAGCUUUUCCAGAUUCCCGAAGAAAUGAGUAGAUGUCGGAAUUCUUACACAGAGCAAGACCUGAGGCCUUUAAGCCUGGAGGAACUUGGGCGAAUCAGCAGUACGGAGCCUUCAGACUAUCAUUGCUACCUUCAGGACUGCAUGGAUGACCUGCUUAAAGAGAUGAAGGACAAGUUCAAAGGCUGGGUCAGCUAUUCCACAUCAGAACAAGCAGAGCUGGCCUACAAGAAGGUGUGUGAAGGACCCCCGCUCCGGCUGUGGAAAGCCACCAUUGAAGUCCCUGCUGUGCCUGAAGAGGUUUUAAACCGUUUACUUAAAGAGCAGCAUCUUUGGGAUGAAGAUCUCCUGGAUUCUAAAGUAAUUGAAACUUUGGACAGUCAGACAGAUGUAUACCAGUAUGUCCAGAACAGCAUGGCACCACACCCAGCCAGAGACUCUGUGAUUUUAAGAACAUGGAGGACAAAUUUAUCCAAAGGAGCUUGUGUGCUGUUAGCCUCCUCGGUGGAUCAUGACCGUGCUCCAGUGGUUGGUGUUAGAGUUAAUGUGCUUUUGUCCAGGUAUCUGAUUGAACCCUGCGGGUCAGGAAAAUCCAAACUCACCUACAUGUGCAGAAUUGAUUUAAGGGGCCACAUGCCAGAAUGGUACACUAAGUCUUUUGGACACCUAUGUGCAUCUGAAGUUGCUAAAAUCAGAGACUCUUUCAGUAAUAAAGAAGUAAAAUCCAGGUGACUACAACUACGCAUUAAACCCAUCAUCAAUGUACACAUUCCUAGCAACUGAAGACUGUCGAAUGGAUGACAUGCAAUUGGUGUCUUGGAAGACUAAUAUAUUUAAUUGGACUGUGACCAUCCCAUACAUUUUAAAGCUGCUUCCUGUCUGUGUAAGGUCUGUAGUAUAGACCUUGACUGGAAUAUAUAGGCUGACUGUGUGCAAAACAAAACAAAAAAUCAAAACUGUAUAUUGUACUAUUACUAGAUGGUUUGAGUUGCUUCUGAGAAGCAAAACUCUUAAUACAAAUAUAUUAUGGAAUGGGGUAAAGAUACUUCAUUCCCAUGUGAUAUUAGCUUUAUGUACAUACCUGUCAUUUUAUUUGUAAUGUGUUGAGGGACUGGUGUAUCCACUGGAAUAGCUGGUACUCUUCAAUGUGCUCUCAUGGAGAGAAGCAAAGAAAGGUUUGCACAGAGAUAAGUGUGAAUGAGUGUAAUUGUUGAAAGGAAUAGCUAGAAGCAUGGUGUCUGGUACACUGAUAUGGAUCCACAGAAUGGAUUUUAAUGUAUUGGAUACAGUUCAACCUGGAAUCUCUGACUACCCAAUGGACCAGCAGCAGCAAUCCUUCAUUCUUGCCUGUUUUGUGUUGUUAACAUUGUUAACCUGUAAGCAAUUGUUAUAGUAGACUUGCUCUGUCUGUUUCAUACCCACAUGAUCUUUUUAGGAGUGAUUAGCAAAUUUACUGCAAUACAGAAUACACUUGUAAACUAUGUAGAUUGAAGUAGUGUUGAAAUUCUUCUCUAGUGGCCAAAAAAGCCAGUAAUGUCAAAUUGUUUUAUUGCCUAAAAAUGAAUAUUUGUUGCAUUUACUCCUGGAUGUGUUGUAAUAAUUGUACAUGAUCAUGGUAUGUUUUGCUAUAUCCUAAUGGUUUUUAAGAAGAAAAUGUAGACAUAGGAAUCCUGAUGGCAGGACGCCUAAGGCAGCAGACAGAGUAAGUUGACUAGAAAGAUUCAUAUGGAUUUUUCUCUUUUACCUGCCUUUCUGAAAGCUGCACAUUAACAUGAAGCUUUGAGAGCUUCAAUGUGAGCCAUUUAAUUUUUUAAAAACCCUUUGGAUAUUUCUCACUGACAAUCAUGUUAUGGAAGUAGGAAACCAAGAGGUCCUCUGGAAAAGGUGGUCUUUAUGCAGGUUUUACUAUAAAGUACGGAUUUGAUUUAGAGAUGCAGUAUUAUGUGAAAAAUGUAUUUUGUGACUGAGGGUAUGAAUGAGUUGCAAGGUGGCUGAAACUUUUUGUUACCGUUGUCAGUAUUAGUUUUAUUUUUUUUAAUGGCAAAUGUAUUAGUUUUCUCAUGAAUAAGGAGCCCUUCUAUAUUCAAUUUGAAACUCUUUGAAUUUGUAAAAUCAUAUGGUGUACAUACCAGUCUAUCGUAAAUAUGUAUACUUGCCCACAGUGUACUGUCAAACAUAAGUAAAGCAUGAUAAAGAUAAUUAUUUAAAAUAUACUUGUAUUUAUACCUCAGAUAUGCUUUUGAGUGUUUGUACCUCAAGUAUUUGUUUUCCUUCUAUUGUAAAUAUGCUUUACAUGAUUAAGGUCUAAGAGAGAACACAAGAGGAAAAAGUUUAUAACUUGGUAUAUGUCUGUACAGAGUAUAAUCAAUAAGUGCACUAUUAAAUGUUUAAAACUGG